CUAUAAAUUAACUCGGAUUCCACAAUUGGUGUUUUAUUGGCGUGACUGAUAGUGCCGAGUGAAGUACUGCGAAACCGAGAAUUCCCUGUCAUUAUGGAACGCUGGAGGAAUCGCGUCGCCGCGGUCACGGGAGCAAGUGCUGGCAUUGGUUGGGCCAUAGCAAAAGUCCUGCUACAAUCCGGCAUGGUCGUUGUCGGAAUGGCAAGGCGGGCGGAGAAAAUCGAAGAGCUGAAAUUUACGCUCCCCGCCGAACUUCGAAACAAGCUACAUGCCUGCAAGUGUGAUGUGAACAAUGAGAAGGACAUCAUAGCAGCGUUGAAAUGGAUUGAUAGCACUUUAGGUGGGGCGGAUGUGCUUGUGAACAAUGCAGGGGUGCUGAAAAGUACGCAUCUGACCAGUCCCGGCAACACGGAGAUGAUUCGUAACGUUGUCGAAACGAAUAUUAUGGGGUUAAUCAUUUGCUCGAGGGAGGCCUAUCGAUCGAUGAAGAAACGCAACGUUGCUGGCCAUAUAGUGAAUAUGAAUAGUGUGGUGGGACACGGGGUUCCAGUUGGGGUUGGUACCCUGAACACGUACAAUGUAUAUCCGGCCACGAAGCAUGCCGUGACGGCUAUUACCGAAACAUUGCGCAUCGAACUGAUGAAUGAUAACAGCAAGGUAAAGGUUACGAGCAUAAGUCCUGGAGCUGUGCGAACGGAGAUAUUCAACGAUCCAGAAUUGUUGAAGAAACCAAUACCGUUUCUGGAUCCGGAUGAUAUUGCAAACAGUGUAUUGCACGUGAUCUCAACACCAGCACAUGUAGAGAUCAAGGAGCUCACAAUUAAGCCACUCGGAGAACGAUUCUAGAGAUGUUUCAGAGUAUUAUAUAACCAACAAAGUUGCUUAGAAAACUUUCUUAUGUUUGGCUCGUUCCGUCAAACAAGAGAAACGCAUAUGUCAGUGUUCUCUUUUUGAAAUCGAAUUUUCUCCCUAAUAUUUUUACAACAAAUAAUAAAUAAAUAUAAGAUGGAAUGAGGGAAUUGCUAAGAAAAUGUAUAAAAAUCA